UAAAAGAAGAGGUCAUGGACUGUCUACGUUGCCAGAAGAUCAGCCCACAAUGCAUCAAAAAAAAGUACUGCUUCACUGCACAGACUCAGGCCUGGACAUUCCUCCAGACGUGCGAGUUGGGACCUCAGCAAUGGCCUCCAGGGCCCUGGAGGCCAAGGACCAGGGAUCGGUGACUUUCAUGGAUGUGGCCGUGGACUUCACCCGGGAGGAGUGGGGCCAGCUGGGCCCCGGCCAGAGGAAGCUAUAUCGGGACGUGAUGCUGGAGAACUACCAGAACCUUCUCUCGCUGGGGACAGGGCUCCUGGGGCCUACACCGGAUGUGAUCUCAUACCUGGAGAGAGGGGAAGAGCCCAAGAUGGAGGAGAGAGGAAGCCAGCGAGCAACCCAAGCAGACUUGGCGUCAAGCUCUGCGUCUGCUCAGGAGACUUGUCCAAAAAAGAGUAUUUCUGAAGAGGCAGCUUCCCAGCUGGGGAAGGUGGAGGGAAUUUUGAGGGCUGUACUUGGAGAUGCCAAGUGGGGAUGUUCCAGGCUGGGCCCCUGUCUGUCAGAGGACCAGGGAAGUCAAGAGAGGCAUAUGGGAUGUUUGUUUGCCCCUCCCAAGGAAAACACCUGUGGGGAGAGAAGCCUUAGCUAUAAAGAACUUGGGAGAAGCCUCCGGCGUGUCUCUGCCUUCGUGAGGAAGCAGAGAGUGCUGGGUGGAGAGAGGCCUCUGAAGAGGAAGAGGCCAAGAAAGAGCUUGAAAUGCCACUGGACCUUUGUGGAAAAGAAGCCAUUUAGCUGCGCAGAAUGCAGGAAGGCCUUCGUGUACCACGCAGACUAUGUGCUCCACCAGAGAAUUCACACCGGGGAGAAACCCUACAAGUGUCAGGAUUGUGGGAAAGCCUUCAGUAACAGCUCGUACUUCAUUCAGCACCACAUCAUCCACACCGGGGAGAAGCCAUACACGUGCAGCGAGUGUGGCAAGACCUUCACCCAGAGCUCGUCGCUCACCGAGCACCAGAGGAUCCACACCGGAGAGAAGCCAUACAAGUGCACGGAGUGCGGAAAGGCCUUCACCCAGAGCUCCUCCCUCAUCAAACACCAGCGCUGCCACACCGGGGAGAAGCCCUAUAAGUGCAGUCAGUGUGGGAAGUUCUACUCGCAGGUCUCCCAUCUCACCCGCCACCAGAAGAUCCACACAGGGGAGAAGCCCUACAAGUGUGGGGAGUGUGGCAAGGCUUUCUGCCACACCUCCUCACUGGGGCAGCAUCAGACCAUCCACACCGGGGAGAAGCCCUACAAAUGUAAUGAAUGUGGGAAAACCUUCAGCCACAGCUCCUCCCUCACCCAGCACCAGCGUGUUCACACUGGAGAGAAACCCUACGAGUGCCCUGAGUGCGGCAAAGCCUUCAGCCACAGCUCCUCCCUGACUCAGCACCAGAGGAUUCACACUGGUGAGAAGCCCUUCUGCUGCAAUGAGUGCGGGAAAGCUUACACACAAAUCUCCCACCUCAUGCGGCACCAGAGCAUUCACAUGGGGGAGAAGCCCUAUGUCUGCCACGAGUGUGGAAAGGCUUUCAGCCACACUUCAUCCUUCACUCAGCAUCAGACAAUUCACACCGGCGAAAAGCCCUACAAAUGUAAUGAGUGUGGCAAAACCUUUAGCCAGAACUCCUCUCUGACGCGCCACCAGAGGAUUCACACAGGGGAGAAGCCCUAUGAGUGUAAAGUCUGUGGGAAGGCCUACACGCAGAUUUCCCACCUCAUUCAACACCAGAGGGUUCACACCGGAGAGAAGCCAUAUGAGUGUGGUGAGUGUAGGAAAGCCUUCGGCCGGAGCACCCACCUCGUUGAGCAUCAGAAAAUCCACACAUGCGAGAAACCCUAUAAGUGUGGGGAAUGCGGGAAAAUGUUCAGUCACAAGUCCUCCCUGACGCAGCAUCAGAGAAUUCACACUGGUGAGAAACCCUAUGCCUGUCAGGAGUGUGGGAAAGCCUUCAACCAGAGCAUUCACCUUAUCCAGCAUCAGAGAAUUCAUUCUGGGGAGAAGCCCUAUAGAUGCAACUGUGGGAAGACCUAUGCCCAGAUCUCACACCUUAUACAACACCAGAAAGUUCAUCUGGGUGACAAACACUAUGUGUGUAGAGAAUGUGGAGAGGCUUUCAACUGGAGUUCACACCUAACUGAACAUCGCAGACUUCACACUGUGCAGAAUGCCUGUGUCUGCAAUGAAGCUGAGGAGGCCUUUGCUUGGCACCUGUAGCUUGCUGACUGUCAGAUGACUCCCGCUGUCUAGCAGGCCUGAGGGUUACAUACUGGCUGUUCUGUCAGGUUCUGGUCAGCUGUCACUCAUGCUAGUGACUUCCUCCUGGGGUGGGGGGGAACUCUACAACACACUGAAAAGUUGGUUUCUCUGUUUCCUAGAGGAAGGAUGGUGCCAGCUGGGACAGCUUCUUUUCAAUUUCGGAGCUUCCUCCAUGGAUUUGUCAACCCUGAAACACCCCCAAAUAGUGGGGUGCCUAGGGGCUGGUCUAAAUGGGAGGUGUCUUCAUCUGUGAUUUUUUUUUUUUUUAAGAUUGAUUUAUUUAUGGAGACAAGAACUGGAGUACAGGCCAGAGGUGUGGGGGGUGAGAGGAUUUACCAGAGAUAGAGUGGGGAGCAGAACAGUCCGAUCUACUGAAACACACUACUGAGGGGAGCUGCAGGGAGACAGGAGAGGUCUGCUGUGCCAUGUGGGUAGCUCCCUGGCCAGGGAUCAAACUUGUGCUGCAGUGGCUACAGGUAGCUUCACAGUUUGUGUCUUAACUCCUUGCACCCCCAGGGAGGCCUUUCAUCUGUGAACUUUAAUAAGAAGUGGUCUCUCUGAGUCGCUUUCAUUUAUCAACCAUUCAUUAAAUUGGAGCCUGAAAGUUCCCCGGAAAACCAUAGCUGUGAAGAUUCCAGUAAAAACUUCAGAUAGGCAUAACUGAACAAAAAUAACUGCCUGAUUUUAGUUUCUUUUUUUUUUUUUAAAGAUUUAUUUAUUUAUGUAUACAAGAACUGGGGUACAGGCCAAAGGUGCAGGGGGUGAAAAGAUUCACCAGAGACAGAGUGGGGAGCAGAACAGGCAGACUGACAGAAACACACUGCUGAGGGGAGCAGCGGGCGAGACAGGAGAGGUCUGCUGCACUAUGUGUGUCAGCUCCCUGGCCAGGGAUCGAACUCAGCUUGCAGUGGCUAAGGAUAGCUUGAUAGUGCUGAAUUUAACCCCUGCGCCACGGGAUUUUUAUAUAUUGACCUUUGGGGAUUAAAAAAAAAAGUGAAUGUCUCUACCUACAACUAGGUCACCCUCAGUAGACCUGUUUUUAUUUUUUCAUGUUUCCAUCCAAAUAUUUGAAAUGUUAUUUUAUUUAAUUGUGAUCAGUGUAGAAACAAUGUUGGCUUCUCUUUCCUUCAUCAUGCCAUGAGCACUGCCCUCGUCCCCACACACACCUCAUACUCAUCGAUGGCUGUGGAAUGGCUUAUAAAUCCACCCUCCAUUUAGACUUUGUACCCGACUGCUACAGGGUGUACAUGAAUUUUCGCAACUAUGAAUGUUACUAUGAGCAUUUCUGUGCUUCCUCUCUCCAUUUUUUUUUUUUUUUUUUUUGUGGGACCCUCGCCGGUGGCCCGGGAACGAACCAGCGCUGCAGAGGCUGCAGGCAGCCUCGCAGCCCAGCACUCAACCGCUGAGCCACCAGGGGAGGCCCUCCUCUCUCCUUUUGAGGGGAUUCUUUCUCUAAGUCACAUCCUCAGGGUAAGAAUGACAGAAUCUACACGCUGACCAUCUUCCUGCUUCCUGAAACACGUUGUCUUACUGCCUUCCAAGGGCUGGACCUAAUCUGCCUGCCAGACUCGGGGUGAGCCCCCAGACCCACUGCGCCAAUCACAUCAUCUCUUCAUGUGUCACAUAAAGUGACUGGUUCUUUUUGGAUCUUGCUUGGCUCUCUUCUCAACCCUUGGCCCAUGUGAACUACUUUCACUCUCUCAACAACCCUGGUGUUCUGGGUGUAGAAAUAAUGUUGGUUUCACCCCUUCAGUACACCAUGAGCACUGUUCCAUUUCAUAGGUGAGGACACUGAGGCACAGGAAGUGGCCAAAGUCUUAGGGCUAUGAGGUGGCUUAGACUGCAUUUAAGCCCUAGGAGUCUGGCUCCAGAAGUUUCGCUCUGGACCCUCUGCACGCUUCAGGUGACUAUGUUCCAUAUAUGUAACACACAUGAAAUGUCUCUGUGACCCCUGUGUGGGGCCAGUGCUUUCCCAGAAAUUCUGUGUCAGUUAGCAAUUUGAUUGGCUCUGGCUGUGGCUCGCCAGCAUCAUCCGUGUAACUAUUAAUAGGCCUGAAGGUCUUAACCAGGUUAUUUCCACUAAUCUUCUAUGACGGCUUUUUUAAAGAUUUAUUUUAUUUAUGCAUGUAAGAACUGGGGUACAGGCCAGAGGUGUGGGAGGUGAGUGGACUCACCAGAGACAGAGUGGGGAACAGAACAGGCAGAUGGACUGAAAUCCACUGCUGAGGGGAGCAGCAGGUGGAUCAGGAGAGGUCUGCUGCGCCAUCUGGGUCAGCUCCCUGGCCAGGGAUCAAACUCAGGCCACAGUGGUUUCCUAUAGCUUGAUAGUACUGAGACAACCCCUGCGCCACCAUUCUGUGGUGGUUUUUGAGGCUGAAGUAAUACUCAUUUGUUGUGAAUAAUUGAGACAACAGAACAUGAAGAAACCUACAGCUCUAUAAAUCUCCAUCCCAAAGAUUCUAAACUUUAUUCUAUGAAUGUGAACCUCCCUUUUUGUUUUUAUAAAACUGAUGUUCCGUAUAUAAAUAUAUAAGCUUUGUAGUACAAAUCAAGUGCAUCCGUCAGAUUUUAGAAGUCACUUUUCAUUUGACAUCAUGUGAACAUAUUCUUAUGACAACAUAAAAAACGUUUCAUACAUGGUGUAAAAAUAGGUGCUGUGGAUGGGAAGUGUCUUCAUCUGUGAUCUUUAUUUUUUUAAGAUUUAUUUAUUUUUGUAGACUCUUAAGAACCAGAGUAUAGGCCAGAGGUGUGGGGAGUGAGAGGAUUCACCAGAGACAGAGUGGGGAACGAAACAGGCAGAUUGACCGAAGUACACUGCUGAGGGGAGCUGCAGGGAGACAGGAGAAUCAUUUAAUAAUUGCAUACCAUUUCAUGCUAGGCUAGGGUUUAAAUUUUUUUAAUUAAUCUCUAUUAAUGGAAAUUUAGGUGGUUUUGUUUUCUUUUCCAUCAUUGGACAUUGAAUUUCUACAUGAAUUCCUAGAAAUUAACUCAUGCGAUCAUAAAUGUCCAUGUUUAAAAUUUUAAUAAACACUCUCCCCCCAAAAGCAGUGAACCUGCAUGACUCUGGAGGCAUUAUGAGUACCUGUUUCUCUGUUCCUCCACUUCCUUCACAGAUACUUGGUAUUAGUGUUCUUCUCUUUUUUACAUUUCUGAUCAGACAGGUUAAAAUUGUGAAAUGAAUUAACUUUUUAUGAGUUUAUUGAUGUUUUGUCUUCUGUGGGUUGCGUUUUCAUGCAUUUUGCCCAUUUUUCACUGGGCUGCCUUUUUGUAUAAACAAACAGGCAGGUGUUUGUACAUAUAAACACAUUCUCCCAGCUUUUUAUUUCCUUCUCAAUUUUGUGAUAUACUCUGCUAUACAGAAUUUUUUAAUUUUUAGAUAUUCAGGGCCUCCCUGGUGACGCAAGGGGUUAAGCACCGCACUAUGAAGCAAUCCGUAGCCUUUGCAGCAUUUCAAUCCCCGGCUGGCCAGGGAGCAACCCGCAUGGCGCAGCAGACCUCUCCUGUCUCGCCCACUGCUCCCCUCAGCAGUGUAAUUCAGUCUGCCUGUUUUGCUCCCCACUCUGUCUCUGGUGAAUC